UCCGCGCCUCCGAGCAGGUGCCGGCUCGCUCGCUCUCUCGCGCGCUCGUCUGCUUGGCUCGCUUGCUCGCGGGGGCGACGCGGCCACAUGGACGGCGGCGGCGGCGGACCCAGCCCUGCCGGGGCGCCCGGGGUGGCGGGCGAGGCCCUUCCGUGCCCGCUGCCGCCCGCGAACCAGGGCCCCGAGCAGCCCGACGGCGCGGCGGGCGGCGGCGAGGGCGGGCCGCGCAGGGCUCUGCGGGCUGUAUACGUGCGCAGCGAGAGCGCCCAGGGCAGCGCGGCCGUCAGUCCCGAGGCGGGGGCUUGCCAGUGCCUGCAGCGGGCCUGCGAGGCUGAGGGCGCCCACCUCACCUCAGUGCCCUUCGGGGGGCUCGACUUCGGGGAGACGGCCGUGCUGGACGCCUUCUACGACGCAGAUGUUGCCGUGGUGGACAUGAGUGAUGUCUCCAGACAGCCUUCACUCUUCUAUCACCUUGGAGUCCGGGAGAGUUUCGACAUGGCCAACAAUGUGAUCCUGUACCAUGACACUGAUGCCGACACUGCUCUCUCACUGAAGGACAUGGUUACUCAAAAAAACACAGCAUCUAGUGGAAAUUAUUACUUCAUCCCAUACAUCGUGACUCCAUGUGCUGAUUAUUUUUGCUGCGAGAGUGAUGCCCAGAGGCGUGCUUCAGAGUACAUGCAGCCCAACUGGGAUAGCAUCCUGGGCCCCCUAUGUGUGCCACUGGUGGACAGGUUUGCAAGCCUCCUCAAGGACAUCCACGUGACUUCCUGUACUUACUACAAAGAAACCUUGUUAAAUGACAUCCGGAAAGCCAGGGAGAAAUACCAGGGUGACGAACUGGCAAAGGAACUCACUCGGAUCAAACUACGCAUUGACAACACGGAGGUUCUAAGCCCAGACAUCAUCAUUAAUCUACUGCUCUCCUACCGAGAUAUCCAGGACUAUGAUGCAAUGGUAAAGCUGGUAGAAACACUGAAAAUGCUGCCUACAUGUGACUUGGCUGACCAGCACAAUAUUAAAUUCCACUAUGCUUUUGCACUGAACAGGCGAAACCAUGCAGGUGACCGUCAGAAGGCUCUGCAGGCUAUGCUCCAGGUUCUGCAGAGUUGUGACCACCCAGCCCCCGACAUGUUCUGCCUGUGUGGAAGGAUCUACAAGGAUAUCUUCUUGGAUUCAGACUGCAAAGAGGAGGCCAGCCGAGACAGGGCCAUUGAAUGGUAUCACAAAGGAUUUGAGCUCCAGCCAUCACUUUAUUCAGGAAUUAACCUUGCGGUUUUGCUGAUAGUUGCUGGACAACAAUUUGAAACUUCUAUAGAACUAAGAAAAAUAGGUGUCCGCCUAAACAGUUUGUUGGGAAGAAAAGGGAGCUUGGAGAAAAUGAACAAUUACUGGGACGUGGGGCAGUUCUUCACCGUCAGCAUGCUGGCCAGUGAUGUGGGGAAGGCUGUGCAGGCAGCAGAGAGACUGUUCAAGCUGAAACCUCCAGUCUGGUACUUGCGAUCAUUAGUUCAAAAUUUGUUAUUAAUUCAGCGCUUCAAGAAACCUAUUAUUGAACAUUCACCCAGGCAAGAACGACUUAGCUUCUGGCUGGAUAUCAUUUUUGAGGCAGCAAAUGAAGUUACUGACGGACUCAGAUUUCCAGUUCUGGUGAUAGAACCAACCAAAGUAUACCAGCCUUCAUAUGUCUCUAUAAACAGUGAAGCUGAGGAAAGGACAGUUUCUCUGUGGCAUGUCUCACCCACAGAAAUGAAACAAAUUCAUGAAUGGAAUUUUACAGCAUCUUCCAUUAGGGGAAUAAGCAUAUCCAAAUUUGAUGAACGGUGUUGUUUUCUUUAUGUCCAUGAUAAUUCUGAUGACUUUCAAGUCUACUUUUCCACUGAAGGCCAGUGUAGUAGGUUUUGUUCUUUAGUCAAAGAGAUGAUAACCGUGGGAACUCCGGUGGAACUGGAGAACGAGACCGAGGGCUACACCUUAGAGUAUCAAUAUGACCAUGACACCAAUGGUGAGAGAAUUAUCCUGGGAAAGGGCAAGUAUGGGGUUGUAUACGCUGGAAGAGACCUGAGCAACCAGGUGCGAAUUGCCAUCAAAGAAAUCCCAGAGAGAGAUAGCAGGUACUCUCAGCCUCUGCACGAGGAGAUCGCUCUGCACAAGUACCUCAAGCACCGCAACAUUGUUCAGUACCUGGGCUCUGUGUCUGAGGCUGGCUACAUUAAGAUAUUCAUGGAGCAGGUACCUGGAGGAAGCCUAUCUGCUCUUUUGCGAUCAAAAUGGGGGCCAAUGAAGGAGCCCACCAUCAAGUUUUACACCAAGCAGAUCCUGGAAGGCCUGAAGUACCUCCACGAAAACCAGAUCGUGCACAGAGACAUAAAGGGUGAUAAUGUUCUAGUAAAUACCUAUAGUGGUGUGGUGAAGAUCUCUGAUUUUGGCACCUCUAAGCGUCUGGCUGGAGUGAAUCCGAGUACAGAGACUUUUGCUGGCACUCUGCAGUACAUGGCACCUGAGAUCAUCGACCAGGGACCUCGAGGCUACGGUGCUCCAGCCGAUAUCUGGUCCCUGGGCUGUACCAUCAUUGAGAUGGCUACCAGCUGGCCCCCGUUCCAUGAGCUGGGCGAGCCGCAAGCAGCGAUGUUCAAGGUGGGAAUGUUCAAGAUCCACCCUGAGAUUCCCAAAGCCCUCUCGGCUGAAGCCAGAGCCUUCAUUCUGUCCUGUUUCGAGCCUGACCCUCACAGACGUGCCACUGCUGCCAGCCUGCUCAAAGAGGGUUUCCUAAGGCAGGCGAACAAGGGCAAGAACCGAAUUGCUUUCAAGCCGGCAGAGGGGACCCGGAGUUCAGUCUUGUCCCUGCCCCUGUCGGGGGAGCUCCUGGGCAGCAACAGCAGUGAGCACAACUCAGUGUCCCCUGACUCAGAUGCCCACCCAGACAUGUUCUUUGACAAGGCCCAGCUGCCCAAGCACCGCCUUGGCCAUCUGCUCAGUGUUCCAGAUGAGAGCCUGGCCCCUGAGGACCGGAGCACUGCCUCGUCCCCUGAGGACAGGGAUUCUGGCCUCUUCCUGCUGCGCAAGGACAGCGAGCGCCGUGCCAUCCUGUACAAGAUCCUCUGGGAGGAGCAGAGCCAGGUGGCUUCCAACCUGCAGGAGUGUUUGGUGCAGAGUUCAGAAGAACCGCAUCUCUCAGAUGGCCACAUCAAGCAGAUAAUUGGGGUCCUGCGGGACUUCAUCCGCUCCCCGGAGCCCCGUGCCAUGGCCUCCACGAUAUUGCAGCUCAAGGUAGACCUGGACUUCGACAGCUCGUCCAUCAACCAGCUUCACCUGGUACUCUUUGCCUUUCAGGAUGCUGUAAAUAAAGUUUUGAGGAAUCACUUGAUUAGGCCCCACUGGAUGUUUGCUAUGGAUAGCAUCAUACGACGAGCAGUGCAGGCAGCAGUCACCAUCCUCACGCCAGAGCUCCGACCCCACUUUGAACCUACCUUUGAGUCUGAAGGUGUGGAUAAGGAUGCAGGGGAAGAAGACUGUGUCCUAGCAGACUUGCUAGGAAGUGAAGCACAAGCAGCGUUUGGAGGGAACAGACCCUCUUCCGAGGUUGUCCAGGAGGCCCAGCUGCACCUGAGCCUCCAGCUGGGCAAGUUGCGUCAGGAGACCAACAGACUUUUGGAACAUCUACUUGAAAAAGAAAGAGAAUACCAAAUUCUUCUACGACAAACUCUAAAACAGAAAACUCAAGAGUUAUAUCACCUUCAGCUACAAUUCCAAUCUACUGGUUAGUUACUACUUGCUCUGGCUUACCUCAAUACUUAACUAUUUCCUCACUUGAUUUAGA